AUGAAUACUGACCGAAUUCGACGAAACAUGUGGAUGCAUCGGUCUUCAGCUGAGUCUACAAAAGACGAUGUUCAUGCGGAACAGAUGGCUCUCGGAUGCCCCAUUCACGCUCAACGGAACGAACAUAUCCGAAUGCACCAGCUACGUUUAUCUGGGUCGGGAACUGAACAUGAUGAACGACCUGACCCCCGAGCUGGGCAGGAGGAGACGAGCGGCUUGGGGAGCGUACAAGAGCAUCGAGGAUGUAGUGAAGAAGACCAGGAACACCCGGCUCCGUGCUCACUUCUUCAGCAACACCAUACUUCCUGCUUUGACCUAUGCUUCAGAAACCUGGGCAUUUCGCAAGCAGGAAGAAAACGCGGUAAGCGUCGUUGA